GCGUUUUACACGUGGUAUGUUUCAUACGGGAGACUACUCUAAUUGCAAAUAUUGGAAACACGCAAGAAAAUUUCCUAUUUUUCGCCAUCUAGUUUCAAAUCCGCUUCAAUUUUAAAUAACGACAUGACAGAACAGCUAGCAAUCCAUUCGAACGAAGAAGAUAAAGAGGAUUUUGUGGACGAAAGCAUAGCAGAAAGACUUUGGGGAUUGACAGAGAUGUUCCCAGAAACUGUUCAAAAUGCUUGUGGGACUCUGGCUGGGUUUACAUGGAACUCAACAAAAGCUUGUUACAAAUUUAGUCGUACCGCAGUUUGGACAGCUACUUCAAUAUUUGCUAUAAUGUUUUUGCCAGUGUUAUUUGAGCAUGAAAGAGCGUCAAUGGCAGAACAGCAGCUACAACAGCAGCGACAGAUUCUGUUGGGUCCAAAUGCCGCCAUGUCUGGAGGAAUGGGAUCAAGCAUGCCCCAUGCACCUGGGUUGAUGCCUCCACCCCCUCAAUAGCAGAUUUUGAAUGAUACAUCUCGUCAGUUUUAUGAACUAUCCAACUCCUCACACAUUACCAGCCUUGAUUGCAGGAUUUAGUAAUCAGGCUUGCUUAAAUAGUGUAUGAACCAUAUCUGCGGCAACAACUUCACUUCAUUAGAAGAUUUAAACCUCAACUCAACUUGUGUAUGAACUGUCUCUGGUGCAAAAGCUUUAGGUGUAGUGUUAAAUAAUUGUCCUUUAAUAUUUCUGAGUGUAUGUCCUUUAAUAUUUCUUAGUGUAUGAAGUAUUUCCUAAUCAGUAUUCAAAGCUUUGGACAAAUCACUUAGUGCCAAACUCUAAUAAUUGACAGGACAAUGCUGGUCACUUUAUUUAAUAAUGCUCUUGAUAUCACUGACAAUAAAUAUAUCUUCCAUAACCUUCAUCGAGGUCAAGGUUACUACCAUUCUGUAAUACAAUUUUGAACAGUUGUCAUAAUUCUUGGAAAGAGGUACAUUAGCAGGAUUUAUUUGCUACUGCUUGGAUACUGUUUGCAGUCAUUUGAAGUAUAUGCCUAUACAUUAAUUCAUCAACUAAGCUUCUUUACAUGGAAUCAAGAUUUUGCAAUUGUUGAUGUUAACCCUUUCAGUGCGGGAACCGAAUUUUGAAGGCCUUUGCAAACAGUUUGGAUCCCGAUGAGACGCCACAGAACGUGGCGUCUCAUCAGGAUCCAAACUGUUUGCUAUUCUGAUAGUAUUCUUUGGAAAAAAAUCAAAGAAAAUGCUAAUUUUAGAAAUUAAGCAGACGACAUUUUAGCAGAAGACAAAUUUCCAAGCAUGCAAAGGGUUAAUACUUGUUAAGUAAAGCAUCAAGUAUCCAUUUGGAUUUGAGAAAGAUUUUGUAUAUUUGUUACUGUGUUUAUUGUAAUGAUUAAACCAAUGCAGGGAU